AUGGCUGUUCUGUCGUCCCCCCUUGUCCUGAUACAGUCUAUUCCCCCAGUUACACGUGCAUUCAUCGGAACAACCAUUGUAUCAUCCGCCCUCUAUGGCUACCUAUGCUGGAAUGGUAUGGGCGCAGAGGCCAGUCAAUACAUGACACUCGUCCCUGGAUCAGCUCUUUACGCACCUUGGACGCUCCUAACUUCGGCCUUUGUUGAAGUGACCAUAUGGGAGUUCGCAAUGACUCUCAUCUUCGUUCCUGCAUCGUUGAAAUAUCUCGAACGGCUAUGGGGAAGCAUUGAAACCAUCAAGUUUAUUGUGGUAUCUAUCGUCGCAUCUAACAUCAUCGCCUUUGGGUUCAAUUGGAUAGAAUUCAUUGCGACACGAAACGCCGACCUGUUUCUGUAUGGAAUGCAGUAUCAUGGCCAGAUGGCUCUACAGAUAUCUAUUCUUGUGGCGUUCACCCAACUUAUACCCGAACACCAGGUCCAACUUUUCGGUGUCAUCAAGACUCGCGUCAAAAGCUUGCCAAUGGCGUACCUUACUCUAUCAACCGUGCUAUGCUUUCUUGGCCUGCAGUGCCCCUGGAUCAUUAUUCAGUUUGGCUGGUUUGUAGGAUGGGUAUAUUUACGUUUCUACAAGAAGAACCCCGGAGAGGGAUCAGGAGGGGUUGACACCUAUGGCGACCGAAGCGAAACAUUCUCUUUGGUGUCUUGGUUCCCGCCAUUUAUGCACUACCCUUUGACCAUUGGUGGCAAUUUCGUCUAUUCCUUGGCCAAUCGCUUCCACUUGAUACCCUCUUCUGCUUCAGAUGUGGAGCUUGGCGGCUAUGGACAAGUACCUGGAACCACACGUGCAGAAGCAGAAAGGCGAAGGGCUAUGGCUCUGAAAGCUUUGGAUCAGCGUGUUGCAAAUAAUUCAUCACCUGUUGGCUCUGGUUCGACAAACGCGCUUCCUGCGCCUUCGCGUGCCCCUCCUGUAGGUGCUCGACAAGAAAAUGCGCCUGCAAACUCUGUCCCUUCUCUCGAAAGAUCUAAAAGUGUUACCGAACCCGACGAAUCUGUGAAAGUCAAGUCGGAAAUUCGAUAG